AUGAUCAUUAUGGCGGGAGUGUGGCUGCCAUAUGGAUCCCACAGCGAAGGCACCAUCUAUGCCGUUGUGGCAAUUUUCGGGUUUGGUUCUGGCGGGUGGCUAUCGCUGGCACCUGUCUGUGCCGGUCAGCUGUGCGACACCAAGGACUAUGGCAAAUUUUACGGGACUGUGUAUUCGGUUGCCUCGUUUGGGGUUUUGAUCACCGUUCCGAUCGGAGGUCAGUUGUUGCAGGCGACCACACCACGUGUUUUGAUUGGGUUCUAUUCUGCAGUGUUACUGGUAGGAUUCGUGAGCGUUGCCAUGUCCCGUUGGGCUAUUUUGGACUGGAGCUGGAAAUGGAAGGUCAAGGUAUAG